AUGAAGGAAACCGCUAAAGCAUUCCUUGGCAAGACAAUUUGUGAUGAUGUCGUUACCACCCCAGCUUAUUUCAAUGAUGCACAGAGACAGGCCACCACGGAUGCCGAUGUCAUUGCCGGUUUCAAUGUUGCUAGAAUCAUCAAUGAACUCACAGCUGUUGCCAUUGCUUUUCGAAUCUAUUCCACAACUGAAGAGUCUCAAUUAAGAACAACACUAAUAUCAUCAAGUUUUUGCCAAAUCAAAACCAUCUUAGCCAUGGAUACCUUGUCACAAUCGGAGUGCAGACGCUUAUAUUCUUGGUGGUGGGAUAGCCACAACAACCCAAAGAAUUCAAAAUGGCUUCAGGAAAAUCUUACAGAUAUAGACACCAAAGUCAAAUCAAUGAUCAAGCUCAUUGAAGAGGAAGCAGAUUCAUUUGCAAGGAGGGCAGAAAUGUACUAUAAGAAGCGUCCGGAACUCAUGAAAUUAGUGGAGGAGUUCUACCGAGCAUACCGGGCAUUAGCAUAG